AUGGAGGAGAGAGUGAUCGAGCAGGCCGAGCAAAUCAGAAACCUCGAAGGUGGUAUCCGAACGGUUCUCGAAAUCCUCAGACGAAACGAGGAAAUCAGUCGUCCAUCUUCCAUCAGCAGCAGCAGCAGCUCUUCUGUUGAGAGCUAUCUCUCCUCGACUAGUCAACCCACCCCUGUCGGUGACGGAGCCGAGGCUCUGACUGAGGGAGAUCAGAAUGCCAAUGCUUUUAGUGAGAUUAUCGAGAAUCUUUCGGUGCUCGAUAACUUCUUUGACUACUUCAUUAUGGGCUCUGAUCACACAACUUUGGUCGAACGCUCAGAGCGUAUCCAGGCUUCAUCCGCCGCCUUCGUCGAGGCCGCUACAGAGCAGUUGGGCAGCUAUAUGGGCGAAACAGAGGCUGAGACAAUCAUCGCCCAACUCUCCAGUCUCGACGGUGAGCAGAUCAUCGAUGUCUACAUCGGUCUGAGCCACCGGAACCGAUCCAGCAAGUCACAGGGGGAAAUGACCAUCACGGCCACUGAGAUUUCUCACACCGAUAGCCAGUCAACUUAG